UGCUCUCUUCCUCCUCCUCCUUCCCUCCCACCCUCCCUCCUCGUCUCUUCUUCUCACAAUUUUUUCCUGUAAAUUUCGUGUCCGCCUCUUGUUCGUUCCGUGCAGACGAACGGGAGAGGGAGAAGAGAGUGAUUGCUCAGCGCAGGAGGAAGGAACCUGCCUUCUCGAGCGGUUGGCCGGAGGCCAAUUUUGAUGCGUGGCCUCCUCGAGGUCCACGCGAUUGGCAGGGACGCCGCGUCGACGAGCUCAUCCAAACUGAAAGCCGUUCCCGCAUUGGACAUGAUGAGGUACCAAAGGCUCAGCCCGGACUGCCUCCCGCUCACGAACGGUGGCGGCAGCGGCGGCGUCGCACGCAAGCCGGCCUCGAGAUCCUUCAGAGACGACGAAGGCCCGGCCGCCGCCACCGACAGUUCCCGAGUGGCCUCGUACCUCGCGGCCUCCCAGGCGGACACCAAGCCGCCGGUGCGGGCGCGCGCACCACCGCAGCCGCCGUCUUCGUCGGCCGUGCGUAGCCCGGCGCGGGACCACGUCCACCACCACCCCUCCGACUCCUCCGACACGGCCUCCCCGAGCUCCACGGGCGCGGGAACCGGCGCGGUCGGCGGCGACGUGCUGCUGCAGUGGGGGCACAACAAGCGGUCCCGCUGCCGGCGCGACUCCUCCGCGGCGUCCUCGUCGGCGUCGCCGUCCUCGCAGCGUCGGCAGGCCCCGGGCAGCGGCAAGAUCCAGCGGCGCGCGUCGGCACCAGCGCCGGCGGAGAAGCUGAUGCCGCCUCCUCACGCCACGACCACGCGGGGGUCCAACCUGAGGUCCUCGUCGUCCUUCCCGCCCCGCGCCGCCGGAGCAGACGCCAGCCACCAGCCUCUCCACCACAGCAGGUCCGUUGAGGAGCGAUCGGGCGGCGUGCACAAGCGGUCGUCGCCCGACAAGGCGCCGCACAACAAGCCCCCCGCCGUGGAGCAUCAUCACAUGGAUUCCAAGAACGCCCACCACCACCACCACAACCACAGCAACCACGACUCGCCGCUGGUGGCCGCCGCCAACGGUGCCGGAGCCGGCGAGAAGCUUGGCGGGGAGCGGUUGGAGCUUCCCCGGAUCUACAUCUCGCUGUCCCGCAAGGAGAAGGAGGACGACUUCCUGGUGAUGAAGGGCACCAAGCUGCCCCAGAGGCCCAAGAAGCGGGCCAAGAACGUGGACAAGUCGCUACAAUUCGUCUUUCCGGGGAUGUGGCUCUCGGAUUUGACCAAAAGCCGUUACGAGGUGCGCGAGAAGAAAUGUGUCAAGAAGAGGCGAAGAGGGCUGAAAGGGAUGGAGAGCAUGGACAGCGACUCGGAGUGAAGAGCGCAAAGAAGAGGAGAGGAGAGGUCUAGCAAGCGAGACAGCCAAGGAAGGAAGAAGACGGGGAUGCCGUGUGUGGCCGGGAGCGAGGGGUGGUAGGAGAAGAAACAAAACCGGUAGAGAGCUUAGCCGAAAGGAAUGGACGUGUGUUUUGUGUAAAUGGAGGUGGAGGAGGCAACAAUGGGAUGCGCGUGCAGACGAUGACGAUGAUGAUUCUAGCAGGCUGUUUUUUCCUUUUUGCGGGGGCUUGGUUCGAAAAUUUCAUACGAGUAUCAUCUUGCGGGCCA